GUCCUCCUGUCUGGGGAAAUGCGUUUUGUUCUUAGUUGCAUUGAGACUUGAAGAAAGUGAACAGACAGUUAGUGAUCGAGAGGUUUUUGCUUUCUGUGAGGAGGUCUGGUGUGAAUCAGUCAUGAAUUCCAGCCUCGUCAACUCUUUGGCCAAAGUCUAUGAUCCAAACCCUCUUCAUGGUCAGAAGCCUGGAGGAAGGAAGCUCUCUUUUAAUGGAUCAGACAAAUCCUCUUCUCCUUCAUCUUCUCCAUCUUCAUCCCCUUCUCAUGACAACACCCUGCGCCGCAUGGAGAACCGAAUGGACUCCCUGAGCUCUCAGAUGGAGCGCCUGCUAAACAUGCAGCAGAUUGUCCUGACCCGGCUGGACAGCUUGUCCCAGGACGUCAGGGGGAUGGGACGGGAUCUGUCUUCUUUACGUGAAGAAGGGAGACGUGGGUCAGGGAUGGAGGAGGCGUGCAGGGAGCUGUGUGGGGCCGUGGAAAAGGUUGGCGAGCGUAUGGAGAAUCAGGGACGCAGGCUGGAUGGGGUGGAGAAGCUGGUGGAGGGCACCCAGCAGGUGAUCAGCUUCAUUGGGGAGGUGGUGAAGGGGUCGAGGCUGGUGGAGCUGCUGUUCAAACAGUCUGGAAACAAGGCAAACAAGAAGGCAAAGGAUGAGAAGGAUAAAGCCAAACUAAGCUUGAAGGGCUUGAAGUCCCAGAAGAAGAGGAAACCUCUAGACACAUCAGACGCGUCCUCGCUCGGUGAGCCCGUGCUGCAGGAACAGGUGGAAAAGCUCAACCGGCAGAACACAGAGCAUUCCCAGCAUGGAAAAACAGAGUCUGAUAACCAGAGAGGAGAGGACAGGGGGAGACAGGAGCCGGUGGAGCUCAUCCUGGAUGGAUCUCACACCGCUGCAGCCCAGUUAGAGAGGAAGAAGGUGACAGAGGAGGAAGAGGAGGAGGAGGAAGAAGCCGAUGCCUUUCAGGACUCAGAGGAAGAGGAGGAAAAGGCAAAAGAUAAAAGUUUAGACAAUGCUGUUAAAGUAGAGGAUGGAGGAAAGAAAGGAGGAGCAGAGGAGUCAUCAAAAUCCGAAACAGCCUCUAGUGUCAUCACAGAUAUCUGCAAGAUCUCACCCCUUCCACAAGACAGUUCUGAGGAGGUCGGCGAUGUGGCCACUUGCAGCAAACGUCGGGUUACAGAAGAAGACCUGGUGAAAGAGGACCUGAAGAAAAGCCGAGUGGAGGACACUGAAGUGGAAAAAGCCCAGGGACAGGUGGUGGAGGAGGGAGAGCCACAGGCCUCCAAGUCUGAGGAUGCAAAGACAGAAGAGGAGGGGAAGGAGGAAGAGAAGGAAUUUACUUUAGACAUGAGCCCUCCACCUUCAGCACCUUUUGACCACCGAAUUGUGACUCCCAAACCCCAUCAGAUCGCCACCUAUUACUCCAUCAACAGAGAUGAGGUCCUGGGAGGGGGACGUUUUGGACAAGUCCACAAGUGCACAGAGAAUUCGUCUGGUCUGACGUUGGCUGCUAAGAUCAUCAAAGCCAGGAGCCAGAAAGAGAAGGAUGUUGUGAGGAAUGAAAUCCAGGUGAUGAAUCAGCUGAAUCACGCCAACCUCAUCCAGCUGUAUGCCGCCUUUGAUUCCCGCCAUGAUAUCAUCCUGGUUAUGGAAUACGUUGAGGGAGGGGAGCUGUUUGACCGCAUUAUCGAUGAGAACUACAACCUGACAGAGCUGGACACGGUGCUGUUUAUACGCCAGAUCUGUGAAGGGCUGCAGUACAUGCACAAGAUGUACAUCCUACAUCUUGACCUCAAGCCAGAGAACAUUCUCUGUGUCAGCAGAGUCACUAACAAGAUUAAAAUCAUUGACUUUGGCCUGGCCCGGAGGUACAAACCCAGGGAGAAGCUCAGGGUCAACUUUGGUACUCCUGAAUUUUUGGCUCCUGAAGUCAUCAACUAUGAGUUUGUAUCAUUCCCCACGGACAUGUGGAGCCUCGGUGUAAUCACCUACAUGCUGCUCAGCGGCUUGUCUCCGUUUCUGGGCGACGACGACAACGAGACGCUUAACAACAUCCUAGCCUGUCAGUGGAACUUUGAGGAAGAAGAGUUCACGGACAUUUCAGACGAGGCCAAAGACUUCAUCACCCUCCUGCUGGUGAAGAGUAAGAGCUGGAGGAUGAGCGCAGCAGAGUCCCUCAGACACCCCUGGCUGUCAGACCGGAGUCUGCACUGCCGGCUAAGUCAGAAGAAAAACAAGUGCCACUCCACACAUGCUCCUUCUCCCGAGAGCUCAACAGGAACACUGUGAGACCCUCAGCAUGCCUGUAGACAAUGUAGGGCCCCCAGAGCCCAACACUGGACCAAUGCUGCUGUACCUAUAUGGCUACUGGAAAACUACUCUCUGCCUCGCAUCCUGGUGUUAGCUUAGCUUUGCGGUCCGUAGCUUUGACCUAAACAAUGUUUGGCCCGUAGAAAACAAAAGACUUUACCCAGGCAAAAAGAACCUUCCAGCAUUGUUACUGUCCUGAAUAGGAGAAAACUCGAGGCUGAAUCCCUGAGGACUCAGAAACUCUAGGUUGGUGCUGUUAGCAAGGUGAAAAAAACACUUUUUUUGCAACAAGGAACUAAAAUAUCAAAGACUUGAGGGCCUGGAUUUCUUGUCAAAACUUCCAUGCGUGUGUGUAAGAGGAUAACCUGAAUAUCAGCAGUUCAGUGUCAACCACACGCUGUUGUUCUUUCUUUGUCAUGUUGUCCUUGUUUGUUGCAUGCUUUGCACUUUUUGGCCUCUCGUCAAGAUAUAGCAAACAACUUCAUACAAAACAUAGACCGGAUGCUUUUAUUUGAAUAAUAUAUUUUUGUGAAUACUGAUUUUAUUUCUUUUCUUAAGUCUUAUAAAAAUGUUUUUCUUUCUUGGAGGUAAAAUGAAAUGUACCUGCUUGGAGUCACACCACAUUAAUUUAUUUUGUAUAUAACACAUCUCUGCAUACUCUCAUUCCCCUGAAGAGUGAGGAUAUCUCAGUGACUGAACACUGACAAUCACCGCCCACAUCUCUGGUACCUUUUCACUGUGUUGCCUUUGUCAUGCAUGCGGUCAUGCCACUAGCUUGCCUUUGCUUGUGCAGUUUUGAGUAGCCCUCUCACCUUCCAUGAAGGCACCACGAACAACAGAAAACUACCUAUGAAUGAUUCAUGUUUAUGGCUGAAGUGGAUCCUUAUGUUCUUUUAUUUACUGGCUCAGCACCAGACUGUACUUGAAGUGCAAAAGCUUUUAUUCAAGAUGUUUUCUUUCAGGGGAGACGAACAGGAUUUCACUUUCUGUUGUAUGUUAGAGCUCUGUUAAGUCGACAGCGGAUGGUAAUGUCAGCUGAAAGUGCUUUAUUGUCCCGUUCUUUCUAAAAGAGAAGAGAUGGAGAGAUGGAUGAAUAUGUGAAACUCAGUUGUUGGCUGUUUCACUUGGAAAUGGAAAAAGCUUUGUGAUUUGGUCAUUUGUUAAUUGAAUUUGUGAUAUUUUUUCAAGUUUUCUUGUAAUAAUAAGAACAAAACAUAGAAUAUAAAUAAAUAGUUGAAUAAAGCACACCUGAAGACUU